AACACAUAGUGAGGAAAAUUAAGUAAUACAGCACCAUUGAAAACCAGUGUGUGAAUAAACAGAAGAGAGGACCGAGAGGAGGAGGACCUAGGAAGGGGAGCGAGCGACAUGUUGCUGAUGGAGUGGUGAACAACUUGAGGCGGUGAUGGUCGACCGGUCAGACCUCGACACCCAAGGAAGAGGCCAAUGGUGAUAAUACCUGAUGACACUACACCCGCCUGGAGCCUGACACAUCACCCCCAACCAAGGAGAUUUGCAUAGCCUCCUUGAUCUCCAAUAAGCUCCAUGUUAUCAUUGUCAUCCGGGUCACCCAAGGAAUUAGCCUCAGGACCAUUGACCUCACGAUUCCCCGCCUGAGGAACACGUCACACCGACCACAUCACCUUCCAGUAAUUACCUCGUUGGACACUAAUAGUUGGGUCUGCUAGAUAUCACAGCCUUUCAAAACCAACAUCUUCCUCCUCCACUCCCCAAGAUCUGAGCACAUUCCAGGAUGUUGUUCCGGGCAGCGCGGGGGCGUGUUGCUGCCUGCCGCCACACAGCCCGUCAACACCUGUGCACAAGGUCGCUCCAGGUGUCAGCGUUUAGCCUUGAUGAAGUGCGGGUACGGUUUGCGCCAAGUCCAACAGGUUACCUGCACUUGGGAGGCUUGAGGACGGCACUCUACAAUUUCCUCUUCGCAAAGUCCAACAACGGAAAGUUUAUUCUGCGGAUUGAAGAUACUGACCAGAGCCGGCUGGUCCCUCAGGCCAGCACGAAGCUUGAAGAAAUGUUGUUAUGGGCUAAAAUACCACCGGAUGAGUCUCCUCAAGUGGGUGGGCCUGUGGGCCCAUACAUGCAGUCCCAGCGACUUCAUAUCUACCAAGAAUAUGUCAAAAGACUCUUGGAGAAUGGGACAGCAUACAAGUGUUUCUGUUCCAAUAGGCGGCUGAAUUGGCUGCGUAACGAUGCCAUGAGAAGAAAUGAGGUUCCGAGGUAUGACAACAGGUGUCGGCACCUCUCACCGGCCAAUAUUGAGGAACUUGAGGCUAAUCAAACAGAGUCCUGUAUACGAUUCAAGCUAGAGGCAAUGGAAGAACCUUUUGAAGACAUAAUUUAUGGUUCAGUAUUGAACAGUGGAGUGGAUCAGGAGGGGGACCCAGUGAUCAUGAAGACUGACGGCUACCCAACCUACCACUUUGCCAAUGUUGUGGACGACCACCUCAUGGGCAUCACACAUGUGCUGAGGGGUGUGGAGUGGCAGGUGUCCACACCCAAGCACCUCCAGCUUUACAAAGCUUUUGGAUGGAGUCCUCCUGUCAUUGGACACCUCCCUCUCAUCCUUAACACGGACGGCACCAAGCUGUCCAAGAGGCAAGGAGACGUCCACAUUGAACACUACCGUGCCAGCGGUUACUUCCCCGAGGCCGUGCUCAACUUUGUGACGGACAUUGGUGGAGGGUUUGAGGGCAGGGACAGCAGACUCCUGUUACCAGUGGAGGAAUUGAUAAAGAAGUUCAGGGUGUCCCGGAUUACCAAAAAUUCUUGUCGACUGGAUAAGGAGAAGUUGUAUCAGUACAAUCAAGUGAACCUUCACAGAUGCCUCGAGGAUCCCACAGAACUCAAAGUGAUUCUCUCUCAGCUCAAAGACCUCCUCAGGAAGACAUAUGGGGAGAAAUUGUCCACCAGCAUGACUCAGGAAAAGGUGCUGGGCACAGACUACCUCAUGCAGGUGCUGGAGUGGAGCAAGGAGAGGAUUACAUGCUUGCAGGACCUUGUGCACCCAGCCUUUUCCUACGUGUGGGUGGUUCCUGAUCAGCUGCCUGUUGCUGAACUUCCAGCGAUGGCAUGUUCUCACGUGGAUGUAUUGCAAAGAGUUGCUGGUCUCAUUGUUGCUGAUCUAGAUGCAGAUUCUUUCACUAAAGAAAACAUUGUAAAACUAGUAAAAAGUGUUGGAAAGGAAUACAAGCUGAAGACUCCUGUCAUCAUGAAGCUUAUGAGGAUGUCUGUCAGCGGCCUAACUGAGGGGCCACCCGUCGGGGAGAUGCUGGCGGUGCUGGGGCGGGAUGCGGCCUUGGAGCGCAUCAGACACGCUGCUCAUCUCAUAGCAAGCAGUGAUACAUAGUUUUUUGUUAUAAUAAAAUAUUGUUUAUG